UAGUUGUGCGAUAUAAUUCCAGCCAAGCGGUUUGCUGGAGGAACCACCGGGAAGCGUACAAUCGAAUCGAAAUAGCCGGAAUUCGAAGUCCGCACGUUGCGCAUACGCCGUGUAUGCCAAGCCAAUCGAGUGUCAGCACAAAUCCGAGAGGAAGCUUCAAAUAAAUGCAAACAAAAUUCAAACAAAUUCGAGAUCGCCUCCCGCCUACGAUUUUUUUUCCCGUUUCGUUUGUUUUUUGAAUUUGGCUUCAAGAUCUGCUGUAAGCUUUAAUAAUGGUGAAAAACUUCGGCCUUUUGCUGGGCCUGUUCGUCUUACUAUUUGGCAGCCACGCAACGAGUACCCACGCAACAGCCGGCAAUGAGAGCAACUUUCUGGAGGCAUCCCUGAGAUACUUUGAUGAGCAGCUGCUCUACGACAUACUGCCACGUGCCUCGUGCCCGGGCGACGAUGAGACCUCACCGAUGGAUGAGUUUUCUGACCUCUUUACAGUGGAACAGCUUCGACAGGGCUGGGUGGUGCUUCAUGUCUUUGCUGCGGUAUACUUCUUUAUACUGCUGGCCAUAAUAUGCAACGACUACUUCCUGCCCACGGUGGAGUGCAUCUGCGAGGACCUGCACCUGUCCAAGGACGUGGCGGCGGCCACCUUUAUGGCCACGGCCACAUCGAUGCCCGAGUUCUUCACCAACACUAUCAGCACCCUGAUCCUGGAGUCGGACAUGGGUCUGGGUACGAUCAUCGGCUCGCUCAUGUUCAACACCUUGGGCGUGGCGGGCCUGGCGGCGCUGUCCAUUGACAAGCCGGUUCAGCUGGACUGGUGGCCAAUAGCGAGGGACUGCUUCAUCUACAUAUUCAACACGAUAAUCCUGCUGGUACUGGCCUGGGGCGGCAGCAUUAGCUUCGUCGAGUCCUGCAUUAUGAUGGGCUUCCUAGUGCUCUACUAUCUGAUCACCUUCAACAACAACAAGUUCAUGCCAGCCAUUCGCGUAUUCAUCGAGGAUCGCAUGAACUGCUGCUUCUCCACGCGUUACGAUCUAACGGAACCUCCGGAGAACAGCGCCAAGGCACAGCUUCCGCUGAAGAAGGAUCCCCUGACGGGCGAUGGCCUGUUCGUGGUAAACUUGCCAGAGAACACCUCGUCGAUGUCCUCCACCGCCAAUCUGACCCACUCCAAGCAUUGGAACGGCGAUGACAGCGAUGAAGACGAUAUGCCAAAAAGCAUCUACGCCUAUCCUCACGACGCCUCGCGCUUCAUGAAGAGCUGGUGGAUCUUCGUUUUCCCGAUUAAGUUCACCCUCUCUUGGCUGAUCCCGCAUCCGAUGAAGCACCGCCGCCUCUACCCACUGUCCUUCAUCAUGUGCAUCCUCUGCAUCGGGGGCAAUGCCUACCUGAUUGUCUGGAUGCUGACGGCUUUCGGAGUGGCCAUCCAUGUGCCAACAAUAGUAAUGGGUCUCACUUUCCUGGCUGCCGGCUCCACCAUGCCCGAGGCCGUCUCCAGUCUGAUAUCCCUGAGGAACGGUGAAAGCGGAAUCGGAGUCUCGAACUCGCUGGGUGCCAACUCGCUGGCUAUCCUGCUUUCUCUUGGCGUGCCCUGGUUCAUCAAGAACUGCCUAAACUAUGGAAGUGGGGAGCCGCAACAGGUCGGCACACAGGGCAUCGAGUACAAUAUCCUGAUACUAAUCAUUUCAACGGUGGCCCUCUUCAUAAUACUCAGCUUCAGUGGCUACCGCUUGACCAAGCGGGUGGGCAUCGCUCUCUUCACCGUCUACGGAGUGUUUAUCGUUCUUCAGAUUCUUAUUGAGAUGAAUGUGUUCUUCCCCAGGGACUGCAGUAGCUAGUGGCGGUAGGGUAGGGCGUCUGUGGCACGUGCUCCUGGUGCUGGCAUCAGCAGUAAUUUUUUUUUUUGUUCCGAGUUCGUUGAUUUCUUGUUUUCUGUUACAUGCAUUAAUUUUUGCUUAAGACUGUCUUUAGGGUUAAAAAACGAGUGCAGCAGGAGAGCUUCAACAGAAAGAAAUGAAAAGGAAUAAGCUCUGCAAUUUUCUAUUUAUUCGCCAGUGUAUAUAUGUAUGUAUUUAUGUAAAUAUGUUUUUGUGUGUAGUCCCAUAGUUGUAGGCAAAUAACGACGACGAUUCACAAAUGUUUCAACUGUUACCAAAGCCCCAAACGAGAUACUAGGAAUUAAGCGAAGUGAAGGGAAACCCUCGAAACCAAUCAAACCAAAUGUUAUAGCCACAUACAAAUCUAGAUGGUCUUUUGACCAAGUGCCCCACGAUAUUUCCAGUCUGCAGCUCGACGAUUCUCCAUUCGGACCAGGGCUGCUCCCCGGAGCCGCUCUUUCAUACUUCUGUUGAUAUUGCGUUGAUGUGUGUGUUUAUACACUAGUAACUAUUGUUAGCGUUACCCAACGCCCUUGAUAGCACUGUUAUUAAUUUAUAAAUAAAUUCUAAGAACAAUUUU